AUGACCAGGGGUGCUUGGAUGCGUCGGCAGCAUGAUGAGGGCUUAAAAUACUGGUUUGCACCCCGAGAGAACGAGAAGCCAUUUACCGAGUCGGAGCGGGCCCAGAGAUGGCGACUGUCGCUGGCCUCUCUGCUGUUCAUCACCGUCCUGCUCUCUGAUCACUUGUGGUUCUGCGCCGAGGCGAAACUGACGCGAACCCGAGACAAGCGGUGGGACAAGGGGCUUGCUUUUACGGACACGGGCGAGUACCCAAACUCCCUCCACCGACAGCAUAUCCCACCAUCACCUGACCCCAACCGUCUCGCCAGAAAGCAAGACGUUAUUUUUCUAGGGAAUUCUACCAAACCUCUGUGGCGAAUGGACACCUGUCAUCCAGACAGCCUGUCCAAAGACUGCUUUACUUUCACGGACGCGGAGACCGUGUGCCUGGGCCUCUCCGGUGGAGGGGAGAAAGGGACACCGUUGGCGUACGUGAAUCUGAGCGAUUUGUACCUUUCUUUUUGUAAUUCCUACUCACUUUUGGAUUUGUUUUACGGGUUUACGAGUCCGGACGAUUUGAAUUGCACCCUGGAUAUGGCCAUGGGGGUGGAUCUGCUGGGAUGCAGCAAGUGUGUUCGGGCUUAUCAGCUUCUUGACCAGCAGGCGGAGGACAACUACCGGGAGUUCGAACUGCUGGUUCAGAAAUACGAGACGGAUGCGUACUCGGUUAGGACGUGCAUGGAGGAAUGCAAGAUGGUUUAUAAGCCCUGGCUGUGUUCUCAGUACUUCCAGACCACCCAAAUGCACUGCAGUAAGCGAAUCCCCUGUGGUCAGUACUGCCUGGAGGUGCAGCAGCGGUGCCCCUUCGUCCUGCCCGACAAUGAUGAUCUCAUUCAUGGAGGCAGCCCCAGUUUUAUAUGUACAGGGCUGCUGGAGGACUAUCCAUCAGGAGUUGACCCAGAAGCGGAGUGCUGUGACGUGCGGUGGGACUUGAAAGUGGACAACCGUUCCCGGGGGACCCUGAAAAGAACUCACCCGCCGUGCCAGCACCGUACCUCCCUCAGCUCCUCGGCAGCCUGCAGACUGUGUAACAGCCGGCUCAAACUCUGCCUGCUGGUCCUCGUCCUCCUACACACUGUUGCCAGCCUCACUGCAUCCCACAAUGCAACAGGACUGGGCCUCCCCGCCAUCACGCCUCUGGAGGAGAGCCCUGCCAACGAGGAGUGA